AUGAUUCCAGGCGUUCCCACCCCGCUUUACUCGCACGCGGGACGCGGGGACUUCCGGGACGUUUACGAGCCGGCGGAGGACUCGUUCCUCCUGAUGGACGCGCUGGAGCAGGACGCCGCGAGGCUGCGCAGCCCCUGCGUGUGCCUGGAGGUGGGAUCGGGCUCUGGAGUGGUGUCUGCCUUAUCCUCGCUGCUGGGACCCUCAGCUCUGCACAUAUGCACCGACGUGAACCCGGCGGCGGCCCGCUGCACGGCGGAGACGGCCUCCCGGAACCGGGUCCCGCUGCAGCCCGUCCUCACAGACCUGGCGCAGUGCCUCCUCCCCCGGCUGUGCGGAAAGGUGGACGUCCUCCUCUUCAACCCGCCCUACGUGGUCACGCCCUCAGAGGAGGUCGGCGGGUCGGGCAUCGAGGCCUGGGCCGGGGGGCUGCGGGGUCGGGAGGUCACCGACAGGCUCCUCCCCCUGGUGGGGCGGCUGCUGUCCGCCGCCGGACUCUUCUACCUGGUGACCAUCGCAGAGAACCGUCCAGAUGACAUCCAGAUUCUGGGGCAGCAGGGUUUGACCGGAGAGCCCUGUUUGACGACCAGAGCCGGAAACGAGAGACUUUCCAUCCUGCGGUUCCACCGGAGCCCAGAAAACACCACCUGACGUUUACUGACAUGUUUACUUUUUAAUGGCUCGUUUUCUCCAAUUUUAACUGAAUUUCAUGGAAAUAAACUGGAUGUGGUUCAAUUUUUUGAUGCAUGACUGAGAAAAAAUGCUUUUAGUCGAUUAUUAAGACAAUUUCAAUCAUUAUUACCUUUGUUUUGUUAGUUAAAAUAAUUAUUAAUAUAGUUUAACAGCAUAUUUGGAAAGUAUUUAUCCAUCUAAAGCACAGGCAAAUUAUAGAACGGCUUAAAAAAAUCCUGAAAUGUGUAGAAUUUUAAUGAAAUAUGGUUGGAAAAAGCAUGAAAGAAUUACUUCA